UUACUUUUAUGCGGUUCUUCGGUUUACUUAAUGCCGCCCUUGGAGUUACUAUGCUGUUGGUGGAGGAUUGAUUGCUACUAGUGUCUUUUUAAAAAAAAAAUUUUUUUUGGGGUUAGUUUAGUUGAUACCAGUCUGAAACAAUGCAAAUUACGAGACUGCGGAAGGGGGGCUGGGGACAGGUGGGAUUGGACCUUUGUUCUAAGAUGAGGAACAAAUACCUCGUGGCCCUAACCAAGAUAUGUUGAUAAGUACAGCAGUUCUAUUUUAUUGUGAAUUAUUGGGGUGAUAUUAAUCGCUUCAGGUGCUUGAGUAAUUGGAUUGUGGCUUUUCCAAAAUGGGCUGAUUAGCAUUUGAAAUUUCAAUGUGCUCGUGGAUAGUCCCUUGUCCUUGAUUCAAUUCUGAUUAAGGGAGGCUUUUUGGUGAUGAGAACUCUUCAGGAGUGGAGGGUUUGAAUUGUUCUCUGUGGUGCCCAUUUCUUACGUUUUCCUCCUCAUAAACAUCACCAAGAUAUUUCUUUAGUUAUUUAAUUCAAAGCCACCAUUUUAUGAUUGUACGGUUCCAGUAUCUGCUUUGCUUCUACGUUUUCUCUUGAGCAACUUGCUAUUGUCGACUUUCAAACUUCUUCCUCGUUGCCUUUGUUGUCAUCUCUUAUACUGCUUUUACAGCAUGCACAAUGGACGCAGCCAACAGGCGCCAAAUUGUUGUUCGAUUACUUCUGGCUGCAGAACAUGAAGCUCAGCAAAUUGUGAAUGCUGCCAAAACUGAGAGAGUACGCAAACUUACACAAGCCAAGGAAGAGGCUGAAAAGGAGGUAGCUGGACAUCAUAGAGAAAUGGAGCUCGAGUUCCGAAAGAACGAGGCAGAGAAUUCCGGAGAAUUGAGAGCCAUCAUCAAGCGCCUCGAACAAGAAACAGAAGGAAAGAUCAAUCACCUGCAAAUGGAGGCUGCGAGUGUGCGCAAUGGAAUUGCCUCCAUGCUUUUUAAGCAUGCCACAACUGUGAUAACUUAAAAGACUUUAAGCUGCUCUAUAGAUUUGCAGUACAAUGGCAAUGGCCUCAUGGCCCUCAACAGCAUUUGACUUAUUAUUAUUGUUAUUCACUCUUUCUGGUACAAUAUUGUAGGGAGUGCCACACGGCUUUUAUUAUGGGACUUUCAUUUUUGCACUUGAGAUGAGAUAACCUGUGAUUUCUUGAAGGAGGACAUUUGACACAUUGUAGGCUGUCUAAGUGGUGGCUGUCUUACUGAUGCUUCCCAACCAGUCUGCAAUAAUUGUACCACAAAAUUGAGCAGAGGACAUUGUCUUCAGUAUCACCAAUCUUCAUUUCACCAGAUCCGCUGUAUUGCUUUGCUGUUGUUGUGUUUAGACACUAAACCCCGCAGUAUAAGGAAGCUGCUCUCUCUGCAGGCAUGUAACCGUAGCAUCCGUAACCCCAGGAAGAAUGUAAAUGCGGGGUACGAUUAGAUCUCUCAGCCUGAAUUCUUAAUGGCUUUAAAAUCGGGUUAACCGAUCAAGUUGAUUCCACUCCAAAGUCAAUAAAAUAUUCUGCCAAUGGAUCUCACUAUCUCGGUUACUUGGAUGGUUGCUCCUUGACAGAUGUUAAAAAAAAAAAGGGGUUCUUUUCCAUCUUCCAACGAUGACAGCCUUUAAAACAGCAUCUUCACUGAUUACUUGUUCCUGUUUGUCUUCUCCUGCCUACUCUGCUCUUAGAAGAUGGGAGACUGCUUUGAGAAUGGUUCAGUUUGCAAAAGAAAUACUACCAUCGGAUCAUCAUCUAACAAAAGUUGGGGUCGGCCAGAGGUUUUUUCUUUUUUGAACUGUAACCAGUUGCGAAUGCAAGUCCGCGGCCAUGGAGGGUUGUAGUAUCAAAUGUACAAAAAUCCAAACAGCAAAUAUCAUCAUGUUCCUUCUCUUUA